AUGGCCAAACAAUCCAAAUCCAAGAAACACGAAUCCUUCGGCAAAGGCAAAGUCACCCCAAUCCAGAUCGCCUUCAUCGUCGAUCGUUAUCUCUGCGACAACAAUUUCACUGAAACGCGAAAAUCGUUCCGGAUCGAAGCUUCGUCACUCAUAGCCAAUUCUCCAAUUAGCGAGGUGCCCAAGAGUUUGAUGAGUUUAGGUGAGAUGCUUCAUGAGUAUAUAUGUUUGAAGGAGCAGAAAGUGAUGUUGGAUCAAGAAAGGGUUUAUAUGGAGCAAGAGAAGAACCGGGUUCAGAUGUUUUUGCAUGGGGUGCAGAAUGUUAUGAAUGUUUAUAAUGCUAGUAAGAAUAUUUCAUUGACGAAUGUUGCUAUGCCGAAUGGGAACUCUGUGGCGGUUCCUCAACAGAAAAUUGGUGUUCCCAGUGCUCCUGUUACUGCCACUGCCACCACUUCAACACAAAACACAUCAAAUAUGCUAUCAGUGCCUCAGUCUAACAACACAAAUGCAGAGAAUGGAAACUUUUCAACACCCAUGAUUAGUGUAUCUGACAGAAAGAGAAAAGAUACUAGAACAGUGGAUGCUCCUUCAGUUGCAAAGAGAGCGCGUGGUAGACCAUCCUGUACUAGUAGGAAGGUUCCUGUCCUAGGUCAAAAUACACUGCCACAAUCAAACAGUGUUGUUAAUAAUCAAGAAGUUUAUUAUCCCUCUUCUGUAACUCAAUCAUCAGCUGCAAACUUUGUACCAAGUGGUUCACAAGUUCAAGGUUCUAGUGUUGUGAAAUGCUUAUUUAAUCAGCCUCAGAAGUCUAUCCCGAGCAACUCACAAGUUCCAAAGACUCCUCCAAGGGCAAAUUCCAGUCAUAGUGAUACAAAUAUAUCCCCGCCUGAGGUUACUCAGGUUCCACCUAGUAAUGCAGAGACUACAUCUACUUGUUACACUGUAAUUUCAACCAAAAGAGUUAUGGUUAGCCCUGCAAAGCAAAUGGCUUAUAUAGAGAGUAGUCAUUGCAUUUCGCCUGUUAAACCGAAUUCAGACAAGGCAAUUAAGAGGGAACAUGUAAGAAGCAGGUUGAACUUUGAUUCCUCUGAUAUGCCUCAAAGGUUGGAUUCUGACAAAUCAUUGCCUAAUGAGAUAUCUACAACAGAGUCUAACUUAUAUGACAUUGACUUCCCUAACUUUGAUGCCCUUAGCAUGGACUUUUCAUUUGCUGAAAUGUUAAAUGAUCUGGAUUUUUCUUGUGAGGGUCUUGAUUUUUCAUGUGAUCCAACACCAAGUCAUUCAAAUGAUAAUCAAGUUAUAUCUGAUCAACCAUCAACUAUGGCAGAAGCUCUAUCCGAGAAAGAUAUGAACAUACAAGGCACUGAUUCCCUGACUGCGUCUGCAUCUGACACAAGAAACAUAACAAUUUUAAGCCCAGAGAAAAAGCACCAGAGCUGUUCAGAUCAGGAGAAUUGUUGA